UAGUCUUCUGAAAUGCGCCAAGUUGGCACGACUCUGAUAAUCGGGGGAAGAUGUCCAACUGCCAGCCAUGUGCUAGGACCCCUAGCACCUGUGACGUGAGUCUCAUCCAACCAGAAUAGCUCGACGAGCUUGUGAGACAUGAUUUGUAUGAGACGAUCAAAGGCCGCUGACGACAUGCGUGCUUGUGCGUUUUAUUCCUUGUAUAACGUGGCUAGGUACUCUUGAUAGUAUUUAAAGUGUCGCAUUUCCGUUUACCGUUAUUAUCGAGUUCCUCACUCACUAUCCAUUUCCAAAUCACUUAGAACUCACUGGGCACCUUACUUACAAUGGCGACCGCUGAAACUGUCGAUCUGGGCCCUGUACACCCUCCCAAAGAGGACUCCAUUACAGCCUUUGAACAAAUCCUCCCUGAGCUCAAGAAGACUCUUGUUCACCUCCGCCACGACUACAAUAAGCACGAACCAGAGUACUUUGCAGCUGCUGAACACCUCUCAGACCAAGACCUUGUCGGUUUCAGCGCUGACGACUUCGAAGCUGUUCGUGUCGCUACAUCAGCCUACGGCAUUCAUUUGUUCGGCAAGCUUCGCAUUCCCGCUUUGCCUGACCCUUCGGGCCCAUCUUAUAUUCACUUCCGUGUCUUCAUUGGCGGUGGGGAUGAGCCUCCCAAGCUCCAUAGCAUUCACACCGAGGAGCGCGAGGAUUCAAGUGGUGGAAAGACCUACAGAGCAAUUUUCACCAAGAAUGAUGAGCUUGAGUGGUUUGAUACUUGAUUGAGAUAAACAAUGAGAG